AUGUGCGUUUUAUUUCGACCUCUGGUGCACCGCGGUUUGCAAGGACAGUUCAUAGUUUCUCCUUGCCGGAAGUAUCAAAAAUUUCAUGAAGCUGCACAAUCUCAUGCGUCCAAACGCGACUUAAAAACUGUCCAUCCUAAUUUAAGUGAUCGAUCGCCCGAAUUCUUCUCUGGCAAAUUGGAGAAUUUAAAGAAAAUGAAGCUUGGACCGAGUGGUUCAAGAUUUGAAUCAUCUCAGAAAGCACUAUCGGCAUCGUUUGAAAUUUCUCAACUGAUUGCUAAAUCAAAAAAACCACACACGAUAGUUUUGCGUCUCGAAGCUAAAAAAAAAAUUCAAGAAAUUCCGCUAUCCAACAACACUGUGAAGGCCCGAAUUGAAACAAUGUCGCUUGAUAUUGAAGAACAGAUUUUGCUUAAGAUAAAAAAUUCACCAUAUUUCGCUUUGCAGUGUGAUGAAACUACUGAUAUUGCAACCUGUUGUCAAUUACUUGUGUUUGUUCGAUUUGUUGACGAAGACAACACCAUCAAAGAAUUAUUAUUGUCGAGCGCACUGGAAACUACAUCAAAAGGAAUAGAUGUUAUGAAUAUAAUUAGCAACUAUCUUGAGAAACAUCAGAUUUUGUGGCAAAACCUGGCAGGUCUAGCAAGUUUGGUGAAACAGAAAAACUGCUCGAUACUGACGACUCACUGCAUCAUUCAUCGUCACGCGUUAGCUUCCAAAACGUUGCCAGACGAUUUAAACCGCGCCAUAAAAUUAUCUAUAAGGUGGUGA